UAGCAAAGCACAAACACGCCUCUCAGUUCUGUUAUACAAGUUUCAGUACACCUAUGCUGAGCACACAGUUGUUUUUUUAACAUAACUGCCGUUUUCCGGCGCGUUGAAUCGUUUUAAUAACGGCUCGUGUUGACUCGCUACUUUGUCAUUUACCGCUCACCUGUACUGCUGUCUCUAGCUGGGAAGAUGCUUCUCAGGACGUUGUGGUCCAGACUGGGAGCUCAGCGGCCUGUACAGAGGAAACCAGUCUGCAUCUGUGCCUCAACCUGUCUCUCUCAGUCUGUCCAACCACACAAGUAUGAAUCCAAACCCAGGACUCAGUCAAACUGGUGUACCCCAUGGAUCUAUUCAAGGACCUGUUCUUUAAAUUCUCUUCACCAACAACGGAUGCAUAGAAGACAUGUUCUGCCUGCUUCAGGUGGAUUUAAAAGUCAUAGCAGCACCUUGUUAGCUGACCCUGCGAUGCUGACUACAUGUGGAAGUGGACAGAAGCGGUUUUAUUCACCUGACCUUGUGAAGUCUGUUUUAAACCCAAGUUUGAAACCAGCAGCCAUAAUUGGAAAAAGAGUUCCCAAAGGACCAAGAACAAAACAACCAUCUAGAGCCAAUCAGCCUUCCCAGAAGGAGGACAAGGAUAUGAUGCAAUGUAUUGCCUAUGCAACAGCUGAUCAGUAUCAUUUGCCAACACUUUGCCAUGACUUGAUAAGCAAAGGCUUCAGUGAGAUAGAUUUACCAAGAGAUGCCGCAAAUGUGCUGGUGAUAAGCACAGACAUGGCUGCAAAACCAGAUGAUGAUGCUCUAAUGUUCUUCUUCAGGGAAGGCUCAGUCAUUUUCUGGAAUGUUGAAGAGAAAACGAUGAAAAGGGCGUUGAGAAUAUUGGAACAUCAUGAGAUCCAACCCUAUGAGGUAGCAUUAGUCCACUGGGAAAAUGAGGAGAUUAACUACACUGUUGGAGAGGGAAACACAAAGCUUGAGCGUGGCAACUUUAUUCUGUGUGACAACAUGGAUCCACAGGAAGCUGUUCUGGAGAAAUUUGCAUUUUCAAAUGCACUAUGUUUGUCAGUGAAGCUGGCGAUAUGGGAGGUGUCUUUAGACAACUUUGUAGAGUCAAUUCAAACAAUUCCAGAGACGCUGAAGUCUGGCAGAAGAGUUAAAUUGUCAUCUGCAGAGGUUAUGAAGAAGAUAGGCGAGCUUUUCACGUUAAGACACUGUAUAAACCUGAGGUCUGACCUGCUCAUGACACCUGAUUUCUACUGGGACCGAGAAAACCUGGAAAAACUCUAUGAUAAGACGUGCCAGUUCCUCAGCAUCAACCGCAGAGUCAAUGUUGUGAAUGAGAAGCUGGAACACUGCACACAGUUAACAGAUCUGAUGAGGAGCCACCUGAGUGAGAAGCACAGCUUGAGGUUGGAGUGGAUGAUAGUCAUCCUCAUUACUAUUGAGGUUAUGUUUGAACUUUCAAAAAUGAUCUUCUAAACUGCUGCUCCAUCAAUGCACACAUCUAUAAAGAACACUGGGAGCUGCAACUGAAGAAUGCUGCACUAUACAAAGGUAUUUUGUCAGUGAUAUGUGACAGUAUUUUCAGGAAGAAACUGAAAUCAUGAAGCGGACAUUUGAAUGUCUUACUGUUCAUGUUGCACAGUAUAAACAUUUCAACUACUCAAUGAUAUUUUUUUUUUGUUACUGUUUCUUUACUGUUUUGCUGAAAUCAUCAUUGAAAACAAAGUGGGAAUUUUGGGAUCAGCUAUUUUUUAGUGUCUGUUGAAUUCAUGUGGUUAAUAAUCCUCAAUUCAUUUUUACAUUAUGUACAAACAUCUAUGUAUCUUUUUCAUUAUGAAGGAUACUGGUUUUUAAAGGAGGGCAGAGACUCUCACCUCGACAUGUGACAUUAUUCAUGUGACUGAAUGAACAGCAGUAGAAAAAAAAACAAGAUACAAUGAAAUAUUUAAAUCCAUCAAGUUCAAGAAAACCAUCUGUGAGUGCUGUGUUACAAAAUAUGCAAUAAAGUAUUUGUUUUAAAUGUUU